GCAGAGCGCGUGGGCAUACCUGCUGUAGAGCUCUGAGGUGCGCGGACACGGUGUGGACAGGUGGACAGGUGGACUCAAGAGUUACAACUCACAUCUCAGCGGACACAGGAUGAGAGGCUGAGACAUACUCGGACACAGGAGUGACGCUUUUGGUGGAAUUAAUUCGCAUAAUGGACGAGGAGAACUCUCUGGAUUUCCAGGCCCUCAGGGCCAAGUUCCAGGAAGAGGAGCUGCUCCUCAAGCAGUCCCUCAAACCCAAACCUGCUCUCCCAGAGAAACCCAAAGUGGUGCCCCCUCCCCAGAGCCCUCCUUAUUACAUGCCUGCAGGAGCACGGCCUUCUCUGCUCACCUCCAUCAACCAGAGUCUGGAGGGAAAGACCCCCCUCGCCCCUCGGGUGGUUUUUAAGGACGAGAAGAAGGAGAGCAAGAAACCUCUUCUACCAUCCAACUCCAAACCCAAAGACUCUAAGAUUAAAGUGGGCAAAGACAAGAGCAAAGGGGGCAGAGAGCGUCUGUAUGACGAGGACACACCGCCACAGAAGCCCAAAAAAGAGAAGAAGAAGGAAACCACAGCAGAGCUGGUCCCAGCCACACCCCCACCCAAAAACUCUACACUCAAGAAGAAGGGCUUCCUUGGUUUCAAGAAGUCCAAAAGAGAUUCCGUGGAAAUCAUAGAUGACCCAAUCCUGGAUAUUCCCAGUUCUGAGGUCUCAGGACCAGUCCCUUUGACCCCAAUGACACAGGACUUCUCCAGCUCUACCCCUGAGACCAGGACUCCUCCAAAGGCCCUGAUGCCAGAGCUCCUAACUAUACCUACCUCCAGUCCUGCAGUAGAGACACCUACUCUCACAGUCUCCACCUCUCCAGACUUCAACUCUCCAGAUAUCACCUCUCCAGACGUCACCUCUACAGACAUCACCCCUCCUCCGGCCUUUUUCUCCGAGGUCCCAAUCGUCCCUGUACCGCUCACCUUGGAGAAUGAAAACACAGCACCUACAGAAACUCUCAGUGUUCUCCAUCCACCCAGUGAGAACGAGGUGCCCAUCAGUCUGACCCCUCCCCUCAUUAUCCCAGAGCCUGAUGUGUCUGUGCUGGCCUCUGUGCACUCUACACCUCCUCCAGAAAAUACAGAGUCUCCUGUUGAGCUGUUAAACCUGGACUCUUUAAAAAUCCCCCCUCCACCUGUGGAUCUAGAUACUCUCUCAGUCUCUUCUAAAGCAGAGUGCUCCCCGUCUGCCCUGUCUGCCCUGUCUGCUCUGGAGAGGGCAGAGGAGAUGAGCCCAGGCAAGAGGACUCCACCAGGGGACCAGAGGAUCUUCAAUGCCCUGGAGAAGGUGCGCAGGAUGGCCCAUAAUCAUCCAAAACCAACCACAUCUCUGGUAACCCCUCCCCCAGAGGAGCACCCUGAGGUGCAUGAUGAAGCAACACUGUUUGAACUUCCUCCCAUUGACUACGAAGACAAGAUGGCUAAAGGCCUCCCUCCAAAGCCAGAGGUCAAUGGGCUGGACCACCGGUCUUCGCUGGUGUUGGAGGGCAUUGAAGAGGAGGAGAUCCCAGAACAGCCUGAGAUGCGCCCCCCUCCUCCCCCCAGGAAACUUCUGCCUGAAAAUGAGACCCUCCCCGUCGCUCCCCCCAAACCUGCCCGCCCCCCCACUAUGGACCUCAGUGCCUUCAUCCCUCCUCCCCCUCUAGAGGACAGUGCAGUGGCGAUCCCAGCCCCUGUGGAGUUCUCCGAGACAAACACAGACAUCGCUGCACACACAGACGUCCCGGAGUUUGAGGACAGGACUCCAGAGGCCCACUCCCCUGACCUGCCUGUGUCCGACUGGGGCAGUGGAGAUUACAAUGGCUCUGAGUCUCCGGACGGACCCCACAUCCCAGAGCUCAUCCCCAAUGGGACCAUACCUACAGCGGAAGUCCAAGCCACAACUCCAGUGUUUGAUGUGACAGAUUCACCCAGCAACCGGGACUCUCUGCUACUAACACCAGGGGUUCAGGGUGUCAGUCCCUAUGAACCUACAGAAAAUGUUUAUGAAGAUGUGUCGUCAUCCAAAAAGAAAGGGAAAACUGAUGGGAAGAAGCGCAAAGGACCGCCCAAGAAUCCAUAUGCGGAGGCACCGGAAAUGACUGAAGAGAAAACCAAGACUGGCAGGUUUGGCAAGAGUGACAAGAAAGCUGUGGCAGCUUUGGAAGGCCUGGACGAGAAAGAACUGAAGAAACGAGAGAAACAGAGGCUGGAGAAAGAGAAGAAGGAGUUAAAGGAAAGACAGGAGAGAGAGAAGAAGGAGCAGAAGGAGAGAGAGAAGAGAGAGAAUGAACUGAAAAAGAAAUUUAAAAUCACGGGACAGGAGGAUGCUAUGUACCAGGCGACAGUGACAGUAACCUCAAAGGGACGAAAGCAGGACCUCCCAGUGAAGAGUGGAGACACCAUCAGUAUCAUCAGGACCACCAACUGCCCCAAGGGGAAGUGGCUGGCCCGGGACAGCAGCAACAACUAUGGUUAUGUGGCUGUGAACCAUGUUGACCUGGACAUAAAGGAGAUGCUGGAGAUGGGGAAGAAGGCUGCAGUGUCCCGACUGAACAGCACCAAUGUUGAGCAGGAGGUCACCAGCACGGGCAGCAGGGCUUCAAACCAUUAUCCAAAUGAGAGCUUCACAGAUGACAGUGAAGAAUGGACUUGUGAUGAUGACGAGCCACUUUCUCCUACUGAAAACGUAGUGCCAGAGUUGCCAAUAGUCCACAAUAGAACGCAUUCUUUGCCCGACAUGGGUGAAACGGGAAGUGAAGAGCUCACUAUAAACCACCAGCACAGUCAGAGUGAUCUUGUGGAGGGCUCCCAUGUACAAGCCAGACAUGAAGCACUUGCAAAGCUCGCCACGUUUUUCCACCCUCCUAAAACUACAGAACCCACUGCCAGCCCUGUUGAACCAGCCACAACUCCUGAAGUAAUCACGGAAGAAGAGACCUUGCGUGAGCCGAGCCCAUCAGAGGACCUGGAUCUUAACAUUCCUAUCCUCCCUCCUCCAGAGCAGUAUGCCGACUUUUUUGAUGAGUGAGCUCCACUAACACUGGACUAAAUGUGUGAACUAUGGUGAUGCUUCUGCUGAGGGAGACACUAUGAGAAUAUACUGUGACCGUGACUUUGGCCUGACAACUGGUGAAACUGCAUUGGUGAAUGGCAUUUUGUUCAGACUCAAAUACACCAACCAAUCGAAAUUUUUAUAAGGAAGACUGGAAAACAAGCUUCAACCAACUACUCACAUUUACCUGGUUACACUUUAGCCACUGGCUGCCCAAAAGUCAUAUUUGUGUUUAUUUUUUUGUAUUUUUGUACUUAAGUCACGUGGGGUAUUAUCUUUGCACCAUUGGACAAUUGUUAGAGAAUAUUGUUACGUUAAGUGUGUCAUAUAUUUAAAAUCCACAUAGUAAGAUUAUAUCACUCAUGUUUUUCCUCCAUGUACCUCUUGGUGUUUGCUUUUUUUAUGCCUUUUAUGGCUUUCUUACAAAAAAGUAUUUAAGAAAAAAACUCAGUACCUACGUUCUCACUACUAACCUCUGCUCACGUAUUAUAUUGGCAGUAAAUGGUUACUGAAGUAAUGGCACAAGUAACAGUUUUAUUUUCAAAUGUUUUAUUGUUUUUGAUAAAUACUCAUUAAAGUGCAAAUGAUAACAGCAA